AUGGCUAGCCAGAUCUUUGCGCAACGAUUAUUAUAUCGUUUUUCUGAACAUGUCUUUGAGCUUGAUCCGCCAUUGAAACGCACUAAAUACCGUUUGGAUCGAGUGAAGUUAAUGAGAUGGGUACGGACACACCGCGCCCCCUUAUUCUUCAAGACAGACCUAUACCUGGAGUAUAUUCUAUGCAAACAUGUGCUAAAGACACAGUUAUACCAGCCUUGCACACACGGGGUUGAGUACUAUGGUUUAAAGGACAAGACUCUGGACCGAAGACUCUUGAACAAAUGUUUGAACAAAGUUUCAGGAAUGCGUCGCUUUCGGACAUUUUUAGUCGGCACAGCAGGAGAACGAGGCUAUGAAUUCUGGAUUGAUGCCGAACGCUUUCGGAAGACUGCAAAGGAUGACAAGGAGCGGAGUCGUGAAAUAUUUCGGGAAAUAUCCGCAAAAUAUUACAAAAAUGGCGGAGUAUUGGAACUUUGUGAUGAAUGGAAGCCUCUUCCAGAGAUGAAGAAUCGACAACGUGAUAGAUCGUCUGAUGGUGUUAGCUGCACUGAGCUAGCAUCUGAAUCUGAUGAUAAUUCUCAUAGUUCAAUACUAAACGCAUUUACCGUCGUGCAGGGCUUUAUCCUAAAAUCUCUACAGAAUUACUGGGUUCCACGAUUUCUUAUCAGAUGCAAAUCUACUUGGGUGAAAAAUCAAAAAGUGGACAUAGAUACCGUUUACCAGCCCGAUUGCUGUGUAAUUCACGUGAGAAGCCUAUCUGAGCUAAAUGUCGAAAGUGAAGAAGGAAAGAAGCACGAGGACCUGCCAGAGAACAUCAAGUUAGCACGUUCCGCCCGCAAAACGCACCUCAAAAAACAAAGCGUCAACAACCUACUCUCAAUGUUUACAUCCUCAAGCAUCCGACGUUCCGAACUGGCAGCCAUGUUGAAAUUAGAAGAUACAGGAGAAAUUACAGCAUCUACAAAUGUCAAUAAAGAUCAGUAUGAAGAGAAUGAAUGGAAUACGGGUGAUGGGUUUCCACUGCCAACGAUAUCUGAAGAAAAUAUUGAAGAGAUCGAACCAACCCCUCCACCGUCAGAAGACGAAUCUUCUCAAAACCUCUCCGACGAGUGUCUUGAUGAUGACACCUCAGAUACAGCAGUAAAACACAUAGAAUUAGACGUUACCCAUAAAGAGGAAAGAGCACCAGUUUUAGAAAUUUAUCAAAACCGUAAGCCAAAAUCUAUUGAUCCCACAUCAGAUACUGUAGUAAAGCACGUUGGAAAUGAAGUUUCGAUGUUGUUUUCAGAGGAUAGAGUACCUCUAUUAGAGAUUUCUCAAAGCAAUAAAGAAACACAUGAAGAUCAAGAGAGUCAUGUGAAAUCUAGCGAAACUUAUGAUGAUACAAAAGUUGACGUUGCCGACAAGGAAGAUGCUGAAAAAAAAAUUGAUAACGAAAUAUUCAAUCAGUAUCACGAACGGUUUAAAAAGAUGGCCCAGCGCAGACGACAGAGCUUCGCUGCUCCUGAGUUGAUAGACAAUGCAAGUUCAUCCAGCAUGCGUCGACUUUCAUCAUCCGGCGUAUCUGCAUCGUUGAGAAGAAUGUCAACGGGUUCUUUUACAUCAGAAAAAACAGAAGUUACGGCACCAAAGGCAGCUCUAGUGCCAAAGAAGAAGAGGUAUAAACCACAGAAAAAACACCGAGCUCAGUCUGUCGAGUUCAGACUCGGAGACUUCUCAAUGCUUAUGCAAUCUUUGACAACCAAUGAUUCUAGCGUUACAACAGCCGAGGAGCCCCCCGAUGCUGCUAACACAGGAAGGAGAAAUAAAAUAAAGAAACCUAUUGUUGAUCCUUCCCUUGAAGAUGCGCUGAAGCUUGGUCUACCUCAACUUCAGGCAGACAUUCUGGCUCUUCAGAAAUUUAAGGAAGAUGGCUCGAAGAAAAAGAAGAAACUAAAAAAGAAUGGAGGUGAAAGUAAUGAAACGUCUACAAAAGGAGGUAGAAAUUCAGAUUACAAUACGUCUGGAGGCAGGAAAAAAUCAUCGGGACGCAGAGGAAGCGUGCUGGAGCCCUUGACGAAAGCCAAUUUGACUCGUUUGGAGCAACUUGCCGCCAAAUCCAAUAGAUCUACUUCCUCCAAAAAUAUUAGGAAAGGUGAGAAGCAUAAGUUGCCCGAGAUUAGUUUGAAUACCAGUAGUUCAAUAUCGACAGACAGUAUUAAGCGAACACAUGAGAACCAACCUGAUUUAGAAGAUACCGUGGUUUGUGCGUUACCUAGUCUGACAAGUAAAUCUGAAUUGAGCGCAUUUCCCCGAUUCUCUGUAACUGAACCAUAUUACGUCAAUUGGAACUUGAGAAAAAUUGUUAGCAAGAAUGUUAAGUUGAGCAUAAUCGAUACAAUAUUUUCCGACAGUCUCGCUGGAGGACCAUUUGAAAACUUUCUACGUCGUAACGGUCAACAACAAAAUGUCAACUUCCUAAAUUUCUGGCAGAAAUCAGAAGAAUUUCUGAGCACAACUGUUUGCCGUUGUGAUAUUAGAGGACGUAAAGUUCGGUACCUAAUAGCAAUGGAUAUUAAGACGGCGUACCUGGCAACUUCAAGCAUCAAGCGCAUACAACUUGGAAACCAAUUAAUUCAAAGAUUGUCGGAAUACCUUACACUGGAUAGUUAUGUUGCAGACGAACUUGUGCGAUACGUGCAAGGCCUAGUGUGCGAAAAGUUGAAGGAGGCGCUGCUAUUGUUUCGAAAAUACGACAGAGAAGAUUUUCUUAACCGAACGACAAGGAAGAAGGCCGAUCGGUUUUGGAUGAAGAGAAAUGAACAGGAGACGUCAGUUUUUUCCUCAAGCAUAACCAGUCUACAACAACCACUUCAAAAAGAUGCCAUAGCGACAAAGGCUACUGAUGCCAUAUCUGCGUCAUCAAAGACAGACGACGACAAUUUAGGUUUCUCUGAUUCACUUGCUCCUCGUAGAAUGAUUAAAGCCUUUAAUCUCGCCAAGGGUUUUUUGCAACACACUAGAAAUUUUGAAGAAGACAGUAUGGCCAACUUGUCCGAUCCUGACAGUGAGAGUGACGAUGAAGGCAGUUUAAAACCCAAAAAGAUCAAAGUUAUUCGCAAACGAAAACAAGAAGUGAAAUUUAUUGACGAGAUAGGAACAAUGGAAUAUAAAGGUGAAAGUCAAAAAGAACCAAUAGUUCGCCGUGUAAGCAUACAGAGAGGUCUUAGAUCGGAAUCUAGAGACAUGUUGAAGGCUAGCCAGUCUACAUUCAAAACCAUUAAAAAGAACGGAAAGAAUAUCCAAAGACCACCCCAACCUAAAUCUUUUAACGAAAUCCUUCGGGACAGUUCCCAGCUCGAGUUCUUCAAACGAUUCCUCGCCCGUGAGAAGAGCGACACACCUUUACUAUUCUGGCAGGCCGUAGAGAACAUGAAAUCUAGUUGUAAAGAUGCGAAAUCACGACAGAUUAAGACAAACCAGAUUGUACGGAAAUUUUUCAAUAAAUCAACUGCGAACGGUGCAGCAUUACAGUGUAACGCUGAAAUAAUAGAGGACAUCCCGUAUCUCGACAAGGUGACGCCUCAAAUGAUUAUGUCAGCCCAGGUGUGUGUCGCUAAAAGCAUCGAGGAAAAUUGGUUUGAACUAUACAAAGACUCGUUCCCGGACGAAGAAAUUGUUACGUCCGACGAUUCGGCAUUUACAACAAGAGCAAUGGAGCCUGGACAGAAGACUAAAGCCUUGUGGGGAAUGUUCAUCAGUAACGUCGUAAGUUUUAGGCGAGGAUUAAUGAAUCCAUUAAUGCUGGAAUUAUUUGAGAAGUUUGUGCUGAAAGAAGUUCACAAAGAACUUGAAAAGCAAAGGCAAACGGGUAUCCAAUCAAAGCGUGUAAUAUGUAACAAAGUUGUGAUUGUUGAGCGCAUUCAGAACGAUCUUAGAUUCUUUGCAGAGGUAGAAAGGUAUAAACAAUUAGCCGACAGUGCUGCAAAAGCGGCUGCGCAAGGAACCUACAACAUCGACGACGAAGAGUUUGUUCAACUGAAGGCACGUGCGAUAAUAAACAGCUACAUUGAUUCCCAAGUACCUCCGAAGUUACAAAUCAACAUUACCCAAGAACUAGCGGAUCAGAUUGUGGACACCGCAAAUAAUGGUUUGAUAGAGCGAGGGCUGUUCCACGAAGCCACACUUUCAAUAUUUGCAGUUAUCCUUUACUGCUGGAAAAAGUUUUGCAGAGAACGAUGCACUCCAGGACGUAUGCACUCACAUGUAUCAUCAUCCACUACACCUGAAGCUGUUAAAACUAAAAUUAAACGAAAGAAAUCACCAUUAAAGUACAAGAAUGGACAGUACAUAUUGAAAGAAGUUAUUGGGCCAUCAAGUAAGACCAUUUUUAACGUUUCAUCACGAUCCUCUGUUUCAUCUAUUUGUGUCAUGUGCCGCGUAAAGCCUGGGUUUCUUUAUGGAAAACCAGCUCAUGGCCUCCUUAUACUUUGCACUGCUGUCUAUAUUUUGUAUCUUUUACUCCUACUUUUCCGUGUACCGCCUGUCUGUCCUAUAAUACUCUUAUUUUACAAUGCUAUUUUAGUGGACGAACCGCCGAGGAUAACAUUUACUCUACAACACGGUUUGCAACUGAUCUUGCCGCCAAAACCAAAGGUUGAAGUAAACGAAAAGUACCGUAACAUGAUGCGUAAGCUCUACAAAUCCAGUGAAUUUGACAGUACAAACGAGAGUAUGUUGCUGAUAAAUGCCAUGCAAAAUACACAAGGGAUAAGCCCUAGAAUACAUCGUCGACUUAGUCAGUUUAGUCAGUCUAUUCGACAGCAUCUACAAUUCGCCCAUCAGUUUAUGCCAGUUAACAGCACGUGACAAAAAUGAUAAAAUUGUUUACAUUAUGUGUGUAUUGAUAUUCGAAAAUAUAUUCUUUGUAUGAAAAUGAUGAGAUGCUAAGAACGAUGUUAAGUAAAACAAGGUAGUCAACCAGUCUGUAGUCAAUGACCAUUUGUUUCAUUAUUUAUAUAUUCACAUCAAAAUUGUAAAAUUAUUAUCACUAGUUGAUGAAGUCUGUUCUGAAUACUGAAUGAUGUUUUAUGGGCGAUUCUAUUAGUUUCUUUUAUGCUCGAAAGGUUAACUUUCUAGUUUUAUUUCGAAUUUCUUUCUGUGUACAGUACUUUUUUUUUUUUCAAGAGAUGACCAUUGAAUAUACUACAACAUAAAAAAAUUCCUUUAGCAUAACAUAUUUAUUAAACAUACAAAACUCAGGUGAUGCUAAACUAAGGUGUCAACUUAUGACAACAAUACUAUAAAUCUGAACAAGGAUGAUGCUUAUAAUAUACUGCAUCAGGUUGCUAUGCAGGUGUCCCACAAUGCAGAUUGACUUCCCCCAUGCAAGCUCAAGGGCAAGGUCUAAUGCCACCAUGAAGCUGUCAUGCAGGCCUACUCCCACCACGCAGGCCCACUGCUACCUAUGUAAGUCCACUUGUCACCAUGCAGGUUCACCUAUUAUGCAGCCUCUCUGCUGCUAUGCAGGCCUGCCAAUUGCAUAUCUGGGCUGAUGGGGAAGAUCAUAAUGUGGGAAGGGGUCGAUGAUUAGGUGUGGGGCACUAGCUUGCAAAAUAAUGUAAUUUUAGGUGAUUACUUGAGUGUGAUUUUUUUGGGGGACAAAUAUUUUUUGGAGGGGUGUGCAUAUUUAUACACAAAUUAUGUGAAGGGCUAUUCUUAAAGACUUGCAAGUGACCUAUCAGUGCAAUGACUAUUUUCAACAAAAAUCAAUGUACAUCUAUUUUUAACCUAAUCCAUAAAACCAAACUAGCUUAUCAUUUUAUUUACUCGAUAUUCAACGUUCCAAGUUCUUCUAAAUCUUGCAUAAAUCAAUGUUGGAAGAUUAAGUACCAGUAUUACACAUAAACAGUGACCUUUCAACUUGAAAUAGAAAGCUAUUAAGCGAUAACAUGUACUGCCUAACCAAUCAUAAAAUUGAGUGGGAUUGUAAACAAUGCAUCACAAAAUAUUGCAACUAAACCGCAAAAGCUAAAUUUUAAUGUCAUUGAAACAAAGAUCAGCUGUGACAAGCAGAAUACAACACUUGCAAGAUAAUUUUCAUAACCUAUGUAAAUAUUCAAUAAAUCUAUUAUUACACUAUUAACAGCUACACCAAUUUGUAUCCCUGACAGACUAUUCUUACAAUAAUCUCAUUUCUCACAGUCACCUGUUAGAAAAAUAAUUUUUAAAACUAUGAAAUAAAUCUUUAUAUAUAAUUAAAGGUGUUAUUGUUUGCAGCAUGCGAUUUUAUAACAUACAUCUUCGCACAAACUACAAAAAUGGCUUCACAUAUACCUAUCUUACAUAUUGCUAUACAAAAAGAUGGCAUUUCCCAUCAUGCACUGCAUAUCCCUUCAUGCAAUGCACCCACCAAUUAAUAUUAUGAAAAAAAAAACACUUAACUAGAACAGCAUAAUUUACAAGUCGCGUAUAAAACCUAGAUAUCUUCUAAUCUACUACUUUGCAUUUCAAGACAAUAUGGCACAUUGCUAAUGCAUAGCCUGAUACAGCACCAUGUUCUCUAACCAUAGCUUUUAAAAUACACAACAGUUGAACUUGCCUAAGUCAAAUCCAAAAUGCCAUUGAAAAAUUGUUUGACUUAAUUAAAAUUUGACUCACAGAUUGUUAAUUUAUUGAAAACACAACAAUUUGGCAUGUAAAAUAAGUUCGACUUAGAAAUUAUUAGAGUUAGGCAAACAAGUUUAACUGUACCUCUUGUAACCACUAAAAUCAGGUUUUUGUGAGCUUUUUAAAGAAAAUCAGGGUACCUUUCAGAUAGGACAUUAAGGGGUUGGGCCUAUGUUCACAACUGUUCUGUGCUCAAAGUAUACGGACCAAUUAAUUUCAGUUCAAGAGUAAAUGCAAGUACUGUGGUUCUCAAAAGGGAUUGUUGCUUACAUAUAAAGGUUUGCUAUACAUUUUCUAUUGGUAAUCCUUCACCCAGGUGCCUAAAUAUAUGAAUCUGAAUACAUUAACACAAUCUUUUUGUUCAACGAUUGAGAAUUUCUUACAAUAAAAACAGAAAAGUGUAGGUCAACUUACAUGUUGAGAUUAAUGUUGCUCUUGCAACAAUAAAAAAAGCACACUAAAUAUUUACAGAGAUAAAAAAAACUAAAGUAGAAAACCUACAAGAA